AUGUCGCACCGAAUCACCUCUCUUCCCUGGCUGUCUCUCGCAUUUGGCGCGUUGAGCGUUGCUCUGCCGAGCUCGCAGAUCCAAAGUGCCGUUGCAGACUAUCCAACGACCACCCUCAGUGCAAGCCAUCACUCCGACUCGAAAACUGUCUUUGUAGGCCGUUCCCUACCGGAGUUUGAUCAGGAACUGUUCCUGGGCAUCAAGUAUGCGGACCAGCCCGUUCGAUUUACACCGUCGAGCUUGAAAACAUCCUAUGCUGCCAAUGACAGUAACUCGGGCCCCUAUGACGCCUCCGGGGCUGGUCUGGCUUUAUCGAAGGGCACAGUGCUGUACAAUGCCACCCAAUACGGGCACGAAUGUCCCGGCUACGGAUCGGACGAGACGAAGCUGGUCAAUCUGGGGCUGAUCACCUUGAAUGAAGACUGCCUGAACCUCAAUGUCAUUCGCCCUUCGCGGAAAUCGGAUCAUGAGGAAUUGCUUCCGGUGAUGAUUUGGAUUUUCGGAGGUGGAUGGCAGCAGGGAGCUACUGCUGAUCCGAGAUAUAAUAUGAGCUAUAUCCUUCAUCAAGGAGCUCUGAAUGACAAGCCAGUGCUUGGCGUCUCGAUCAAUUAUCGUGUUGCCGCGUUUGGAUUCCUGGACUCAGAGGAAGUUAGGGCUACUGGCAAUAACAAUCUGGGUCUACGGGAUCAACGAGUCGCCAUGCGAUGGGUCAAGAAGAACAUCAAGGCGUUUGGGGGUGAUCCCGACAGAAUCACCAUCUGGGGAGAAUCUGCAGGUGCCUACAGCGUUGGAGCUCAUUUGGUUGCCAAUGGUGGUGACAAUGAGGGUCUUUUCCGGGCCGCAAUCAUGGAAUCUGGUAACGCUGUUGGACCCCCAUGGAACGGCACGGACUGGCAUCAGCCGAUGUACGACCGCAUCGUGAACAAGACAGGUUGCUCGACAUCCUCGGAUACACUCCAGUGUCUGCGAGAAGCCCCGUACGAGUCCUUGUACGACGUGGCAUAUGAGGGCCUGGAAUGGUUCGCCGCCGUCGACGGGUCCUUUAUCAAGGAGUACCCUCAGAUUAGUUACACUGAGGGCCGACUGGCAAAGGUACCCAUUCUCCUUGGAUCCAACACAGACGAGGGGACCAGCUUUGGUACUACAGGGACAAACACCGAUGAAGACUGCAUUAACCAACUCAUAUCCUCGAAACGCUGGGUGCUCACCCGCGAAGAAGCCACGCAGCUUCUCGCGUACUACCCCAACGACCCUGCCCUGGGAUGUCCCUACGGCUGGGGAAACGUGACAUGGCCGAAGCUGGGACUGAUGUACAAACGGUACGAAUCGAUGGCAGGAGAUCUGACCAUGGCCGCACCAAGACGGCUGCUUGCGGAGACCAUGGCCAAGUACACGAAACAAGUCUACUCUUAUCGAUGGGACGUGCCAGCCCUAAAUACAAGUAGCACCAUUGGUGUCGGACAUUUUGCAGAGGUAGCUGCCACCACCUUGCAUAUGACACCCAUGGCUCAUUUUGUCGUACAGAUCCCCUUCGUCUUUGCAAAUCCCGUGCAAAGCAUUACACCGCUCGGUACUGAUCCCGCCCGUCUUGAACUGGGCAACAUGGCCGCUCGAAUGUGGACGUCCUUCGUGACGGACCUGAAUCCCAAUGGACAUGGAGUACCGCAAAUCCCACAAUGGCCCAAGUACACACCAGGAAAGAGGGCGUCAAACUUUGUCUUUCGUUUGCCUAGAAAUGGAAGCUAUGUGGAGCGGGAUGACUACCACGUGGAUGGGAUGGAUUAUAUCAACAGUAUUGCACGAUAA